AUGGAAUCAAGCGAGGACGACGUAAUUUCUCUUUAUCCACUCGAUUUCUCUUCCGAUGAAGAGAGGUUUGCCUUCAUUGACGUAAAAGAGACAGAUGAGGAGACGUUGAUUGGCAAAGGCCCAUUCGAAGAUGAUCACAUGCAUGUAGUCCCUGUAAACACGGCGCGUCAGAAAGAAACAACAAAGUGUGAUCAUGAUAGGAAGAAAGCGGUUUCUGGCGUGUUUCUGGCAACGUUAAGCGAUGAGGAACUUGAAAAAAUGUCAAUUCAAGACUUCAACAAACAUCUUCGCCUGUUACCUGCCGAUUUCAUAACGAAAUUUAGAAAGAAAAGACGAGUUUUGAAAAAUCGUAAGUAUUCGAAAACGUUUCGCCAGAGGGGCUCCGAGAAGAAAAACAAUAUCGACGCUGAAAAUAGAGCUCUUGAAUUUGCGAUAUUUCAAGCGAAGGAAGAGCUUAGGAAAGUCGUCAAAGAGAGAGAUGAAUUUAAGCAGAAGUAUACUGCCUUGAAGCGAACUGUUUCCGUGUUACGUUAG